AUGGUCCUGUUGAGUCGUCGCGGCGCACCCUCGCUCCUUAGAACGGUAGGUGGGAAGAUGCAUGCGACGGACAAAGACCACGAAGAGCCCGCGCAGAAGAAAAGGCGGACAGAAAACGGGCGCAGGACCAGGGAAGACGGAAAUUCUCUGUACGCAGAACCAGAGUCGUCGGAGGACGAGCAAUUACGAAAACCCGCACCCCCAAAACCAAAGACUUCAAAGCCAGGAUUGAGAAAUGCGCUAUCAACGCAAGAGGACGAAGACGCCAUCAACGCCGAACCAAUGUCCUCUGACGACGAUCAGCUACGCAAGCCCUCUCCACGAAAGCCAAAAGCCUCGAUACCCAUACCACAGCCUCAGAGCAGUCAGGAAGACGCGGACUUGAGGAAACCGACUGCGAGAAAGUCGGGACGAAAGAUUCCCGAAAUUAGAAAACCCGCGCCUGGAUCAUAUGCAAAAGGACUAGCAGACAAGGCGAAACGGACAGGCGCAGCCAACAAGGAGAACGCUCCAUCAGGAGCAUCCCCCUCGUCCGUUGGAUCGGUCACCGAUGGAGGCUACACAUGGGGUAUGGGGCACACGAGUCAAAAAUCCAGUCAGAAUGCCAGGAGUUACGGUUCGCAAAGAAAGGUGACGAACAUACAUGCGCUACCGCAAAAGAAAACAUUUGGCAGACCAAAGGGUAUGUCAAGGACGAGCAGUCCCAAAGGACAUUCGUGGAAUAUGAAGGUGCCAUCGAGCAAAGACGAUGAUGACAGCGGAUCUGAUGUAUCUCUCAAGGACCCAGUUGAGUUGAGUCCGGGUGAUUCUGAUACCAGACUUGGUUCUAGUGUCGAAGAGGCUGAAAAUUCAGCACUGCGGACGAAAAUCCCCAAAUCCGCCUGCAGAGCUUCUCGCCGGGAGCCUCACGACUCCACUAGCACUCUUGAAAACUUGUCCGACGGACUUGCGCUGCCCUCUGCGAAGUCCAAGAAAAAGAAGACAACGAGCACAUUGAAUUCUCAAACAACCAUGCUAAAUGAUGAUGAGCUUGAAGACCUCUUGAAACCUCCACGCGUUCGCGAUCAGCUCGAAGACUGGAUGCAAGACCAACCGAUACUAUCCUCCCAGCCCGACUCUAGUGCGCCUCAGGAAGCUCUCGACAACCUCCAAGAUUACAUACAGCAGCUUCCCGGACAAGAGCUAGAAGGCACGCAGUGUACUCUCUGCAAAGCGCCCAUCGAAGUAGAAGACUACUGGGAAUUCUGGAAAGGCAAAGACAAGACGGUCAAGAACCACACGGCCUUUUGUCACACCCACCAAAAGAAGAGCGCCCAAGACAAAUACCGCAGAGAAGGCUACCCACCCAUCGAUUGGGAAACGCUCCCCACCCGCAUCCGCAAACACCGCAUCCCCCUCUUCCAAAUCCUGACCAACGACCGCCCCAGCACCUACCGCGCCCGCUACGAACCCCUUGCCCUAACCGGCAAAGCUGCCGCUAUCCCCUCGCGCCGCAAAGACCUCCCGUCCAACAUCCAAGACGAACUCGACUCGUACGCGCUAGACGACCAGUCCACCUACCCCGGCUACUACGGCCCGCAUGGCCGCCGCGCAAUCACGGAACACGUCAUGCGCGUGUUGAAGACGGAAAUCAAAUACUGUAAAGACGCAGUUGUCCAAGGCUCGGGACCCGCGGCGUUUGUCCAGGCGGUGCUGGUGCCCGAGUGUGCGAUCCUGCUUAUCAUGGAGGAUUGCCGCGUUGAUCGCGAGAGGGCGGAGGUGAUUAGGGAGAAUACGUAUGAGAUGGGGUUGUUGUUGAAUGAGGAGGUCGAGGAUGAGGUGGAAGGGGAUGGGGGCGAGGCGAGCGAGGAUGAGAAUGAGUAUUUGCUUGAUGAAUAA